GUAACAGCAUCUCCUACAGUGGAUAGUAGUACCAAAUACCCUACUGAGGCCCAAUUUUGAACCUAGAAGCCACUUCAGUUCAAAGAAGAAAAUGUUAGAAGUUAGAACACUUCAAAAGAGAAAGGAGAGAGAGAGGCAGAGGGCAGAACAUGAGACACCAACCCUUUCCUUUCCUCCCACUUUCUUUCUCCUCUUGAACCCAAAGAACAAAACACAAAAGUUGUUUCCUUCUUUUUCUUUUUCAUUGGGUGGGUCUAUAAAAAUUCCUCCAUUACUAGCUUUCAUUGAUUCUUUCCUUCUUUCCAUCCCAUUCCAUUCCAUAACACCAUACUCAUACUCCUCCCAUCACAACCCACAACUCCCUUUUCCACUAGUCUCUCUUUCAUUGGAGAAGUUCAUCCAUGGCGAUCUACACCUUCAGCUUCUUCCAUCUCCUCCUUGCAAUCCUACCACUCAUGGUUCCACAUGCAACAGCAAACCUGGAAGGGGAUGCUCUGUUCGCACUGAGAAGAGCAGUGAAGGACCCAGGCCUCAAACUCCAGAGCUGGGAUCCAACCCUGGUCGAUCCUUGUACUUGGUUCCACGUCACCUGCGACUCCGACAACCGAAUCACCCGCCUGGACCUUGGGAAUGCGAAGCUGUCAGGAAGGCUAGUUCCAGAACUGGGGAAGUUGGAGCGACUUCAGUACUUGGAGCUCUACAUGAAUGAGCUGGUGGGACCCAUACCAAAGGAGCUGGGCAACCUGAAGAGCUUACUGAGCUUGGAUCUCUACCACAAUAACUUGACUGGAUCCAUCCCUUCUUCCCUCUCUAAGCUCUCCAAUCUCAAGUUCCUAAGGCUGAAUGGGAACAGAUUGAGUGGAAGGAUUCCCAGGGAACUUACAAAGCUUGGAAGCCUGAAGAUACUUGAUGUGUCCAACAAUGACUUGUGUGGGACAAUCCCAACUGCAGGAUCCUUCUCCAAAUUCACUGAGGAAAGUUACAUGAACAACUCGAGGCUGGAAGGACCCGAGCUGAUGGGGUUUGUGAGAUAUGAUGCUGGAGGGAGCUGCUGAUACGAAGCGACUCGACCGACCAUGAAAGGGACUGCAAAGUUUCUUGCUUUGAUAGUUCUUGGAGUUAUACCUUAUAAGAUUGAUGUGUCAUUUAUAGAAGGUUAUGAUGGUGAAAAGGUUAGAAUUUAGAGUGUGGUUUAGCUAGUACUAUGGUGUUGGUGUUCAUUGUUCUGAUGUAUUGUAGUAUGAAGAUAAAGAGAGCCAUUUUUGCUUAAGGAAUUGCUUCUUCAUUCACAACAAGCCGAGUUCAGGUUCAAACAAACAAGCAAGGCCAGAAGGUAUCAAACAGUAAACGAUGAGACGUUUA